GAUCCCUCCUGCUGCGAGUUGUCCUGGGAACCCGCAGCAGCAACUUCCAGGGAAGUCGCGCUGCAUUUGUCCCCUGGCUGAACCGAGGCGCGGAGUUGGAAACAGAGGGGACCCCCUCAUCGCCGGUCAUAAUCGGAGUUUGGGACACCCUUUUGAGUGACAGCCGCAGCGAAGGGUUUGACUUGAGACGGAGGCGAGACCGGUUGAGGUAGUCCCGUCAACACCGCACCGGGAUAGAGGAUAUGCGCUCUAAAGCUGCUGGCAGGACACUGAGCGCCACGGAAACAUGAAACUCCAUCCACAACAAGCGCCUUUGUAUGGCCAGUGUCUGAUUACAGUACGGCUGAACGAGGAAGAGGAGGGGGAGGAAGAUGUGGAGUACUUCCUGCUGUUUGCAGGCAGCACCCAGAGGCACCUCAGCAGCACCCUGAGGACCAGCCGGGACACACUGCAGGCACUGUGUCCGGCUCAUGACUGCAGUGAGACGGUUCAGAUCAGUCUGUGUUCUGUGGGGCCGACCGUGGCCGGGGCCCCCGAGGGCCAGGGGUCCAGUGCGGGCUGCGUGACCCAGCUGACACAACAAUCUUUCUGCUUCGUCCAGGACCAAGCCUUCGAUAUCGCCCAGUUCCUGGUCAGUGCCGCAGGGCGGGCGGACGGCCUGGAGGGGGCGCUGCAGCUGGACGAGUGCCAGAUCCCUGUGGAGGCGUGGGAGCGUCUGGACCAGGGCCUGGAACACGCCCUCCAGCACCUGAAGCUGCCCCCUGGGUGGAGCCUUCUGGGGGGGCGGGACAGGGGCGGAGCCGAGCUUGUGCCUCAGGAGACCCUUCUCCACUUUGCGGCGCGGCGAGGUCUCGCCCGGCUGGCUGACUUCCUAUUGGAGCAGCCUGCGGCGGGAGAAGCCCUGCGAUUGGAUAACAGGCAGGGCCACACCCCCGCCGAAUUAGCAGCGCUACGGGGACACACACACCUGUCUGGCGUCCUCACCCGGGCCACGACGGAGGAACGCGGCGAGAGAGUGACGGAGAGAGGGACGGACGGAGGGACAGACGGAGGGUUUGCACUGGAUGCCAGGGUGGUGUGUCACCUCCCUGACCUGAACACACACACCCUGACGGUGGACACACGCCCGGGCCGCGAGCCCCCCACUCUUCAGCACGCCGUGAAGCUGCAUCGCUACUGGAGCUGUCGUCUGCAGGCAGAGGGCGUUUCCUCUCUGAAGCUCCAGUCAGACUGGCGGUGGACGCAACCGGGUUCCGUCGACAGGGGAGACGCAGAACCGACCGGCCGCAAGGACCCAGAGGAGAAGGAAGUGGAGGAGGAGGAGGAGGAGGAGGAAGGAGACAGAGAUCCAGAGAGCUCCCCAGAACAACCGACCCUGGGCCCCGGGACCGACCACAGAGGGAGUGACGGGAGGGUAGAGCCACAGGACGGGAGUGAAGACAGCGGAGAGGAGGAGACAGAGGAGGGGGAGGAGAGAGAGGAGAGACAAGCAGAGGGGAGAGAGGAGAGACAAGCAGAGGGGAGAGAGGAGGAAGAGGAGAGACAAGCAGAGGGGAGAGAGGAGGAAGGGAGGUGA